AUGAAACGAUACAACUGUGCCAUACUGUGUAUAGCUACUGGAUUCUUUAUUUUGGCCCAUUGUUCCAUUUACCAGAACUUAAAAUACUUCGAGACGUUACAUGUAUCUCAGUUGACCCAUCAUAUUGUGAAACGAGGAGCAAAGUUGUCAAGCCAUCCCUUUAAUACUAUUAAAGAACUACAUUUUCAAACUCUUGGGAAAAGUUUUAGAUUGAUCCUUCAUCCCCACAACUCAGUUUUGCAUUCAAACUUCAAAGCUUAUUCUGUUGAUGCUGAUGGGAAUAAAACGGCUGUCCAUAUUGAUCAUGACAGUUAUUACACCGGUAGAGUUUUUGGUGAGAAGAUUUCCGAUGUGAGAUUACAUAUUGAAGACGGUCUUGUAACGGGUAUAAUAAAUACACCACAAGAAACUUAUCACAUAGAGCCAUCUUGGCGUCACUUGCCCAACUCAGAUGAUAAAAGUAUGAUAACCUAUCGUUCAUCCGAUGUGAAAUUUAGCUGGUCUGACUCCAAAGGCGAUAAGCCAAGAGUUUGUGGAUAUGUUAAGGAAGGGAAAGAGCUAGAAGAAAAUCAAAACGAGGAAGAUAAUAAUCUAGAAUCAAAGCAGGAACAGUCUGAAAAAGAUAAAUACUUUGACCAAAAUCAAAAUAGCCAUGUUAAGGACUCAAGUGGUGCAAAGAAGAGAAAUAAGAGGCAGAGCGACUAUGAGUAUACACCAACCAAGACUAGAUGUCCAUUACUUUUGGUUGCAGACUACAGAUUCUUUCAGGAAAUGGGAGCCAGCAAUACAAAGACUACUAUCAGUUAUUUAAUAAGCCUUAUUGAUAGGGUGCAUAAAAUAUAUAAUGAUACAGUGUGGCAAGAUAGGCAGGAUGCAGAUGGUUUCAAGGGCAUGGGUUUUGUUAUCAAGAAGAUAUUAGUGCAUUCAGAGCCGACGAGGGUUCGUGGUGGGGAGGCUCACUAUAAUAUGGUACGAGAGAAAUGGGAUGUACGGAACCUGCUGGAGGUGUUCAGUCGCGAGUACUCUCAUAAGGACUUCUGUCUCGCUCAUCUGUUCACGGACCUCAAGUUCGAGGGUGGUAUCCUUGGACUAGCGUAUGUUGGAUCACCACGGAGGAACUCUGUUGGUGGCAUUUGUACUCCAGAAUACUUCAAGAACGGCUACACCCUGUAUCUAAACUCGGGUUUGUCUUCGUCUCGUAAUCAUUACGGUCAGCGUGUUAUAACUCGUGAGGCGGACCUUGUGACCGCUCAUGAGUUUGGUCACAACUGGGGCUCCGAGCAUGACCCUGAUGUAGCAGAGUGCUCCCCCGCCGCCAGCCACGGAGGAUCCUACCUCAUGUAUACUUACAGCGUCAGCGGAUAUGACGUCAACAAUAAGCGGUUCUCUCCCUGCAGUCUUCGUUCCAUCCGCAAGGUUCUUCAAGCCAAGUCCGGUCGUUGUUUCUCCGAGCCCGAGGAGAGUUUCUGCGGCAACCUGAGGGUGGAGGGCGGCGAGGAGUGUGACGCGGGGCUCCUGGGGACCGAGGACAACGAUAUGUGCUGCGACAAGAACUGUAAGCUGAGGAAGAACCAGGGCGCAGUGUGCAGUGAUAAGAACUCCCCGUGUUGCGCGGGCUGUGUGUUCGCGGCGCCGGGCGUGGUGUGUCGCGAGGCCGCUCACUCCGCCUGCGAGGGAGAGGCCACUUGUAACGGAGCCUCCGCUGACUGUCCUAAAGCGCCUGCUAUAGCUGACGAGCAUGAAUGCGCUGAACGCGGUCGUUGUCGCAACGGUUCGUGUGUCCCGUACUGUGAGACUCAGGGACUACACAGCUGUAUGUGUGAUAUUGUUGCGGACGCCUGUAAGCGCUGUUGCCGUAAGAGUCUAAACAAAACCUGUUUCCCGGUGGCCCACAACGAUAUACUGCCAGACGGAACUCCUUGUAUACAAGGCUUUUGUAACAAGGGAAUUUGCGAGAAGACUAUUCAGGACGUGGUGGAGCGGUUCUGGGAUAUAAUAGAAGAUAUCAAUAUAAACAACGUGUUGGGUUUCUUGAGAGACAACAUCGUUGGGGUCGUUGUACUCGUCACUGCAUUCGUAUGGAUCCCGGCCAGCUGUGUUAUAAGCUAUGUGGAUCGACGUCGCCAGCGACAACAUCAAAAGUAUCUGGAGUGGGAAAGACAACAUGAUCUUAUACACCCUUCCGAGCCACGGAAGAUAAUUCAUGUUCGGUUGCCAAAGCAGAAGCCGCCAGGAAUGAAAAAUGUCAUUCAAGGAACUAGUCAGAUAUAG